UGAUAAAACCGCAGAUUAGAUCUUUUCGCACUGCCGUCGCAGUGGUAGUUAAUAGCCAAGUUGUUUUUAAAAUGAUAAAAUGUUCCCUGCGAGUGUUCUUUCCAAGUUCUGCAACUUCGUUGGCUCAUCGUCGCCAGUUUCACCGCACUAUAGCACUUCAGCAUACCGCAGCACGCAGCAUGAAGAUCGCAAUUAUCGGUCAAAGCCUCUUCGGAGCAGAAGUGUACAAAACAUUACGGAAAAAUGGCCAUGAAAUCGUUGGUGUUUUUACCGUGCCUGAUGAUGCACAUGGACGAGCUGAUCCACUCGCUUUAGCUGCCGCUCAGGACGGGACGAAAGUUUUCAAGCAGAAAAGAUGGCGAGAGAAGAAUCAAGUGCUGAAGGAGGUUUUCGACAACUACAAAUCCCUCGGAGCGGAACUGAAUGUCUUGCCAUUCUGCUCGCAGUUCAUUCCUAUGGAUAUUAUUCAGUAUCCCAAGUACCAAAGUAUUAUUUACCAUCCAUCUCUCUUGCCAAAGCAUCGUGGAGCAUCAUCGAUUAACUGGACACUGAUGCAUGGGGAUAAAAAAGCUGGACUGACAGUUUUCUGGGCUGAUGAUGGCUUGGAUACGGGACCGAUACUGCUGCAAAAGGAGUGCGAAGUGCAGGAGAACGAUACGGUGGACACAUUGUAUAAUCGGUUUUUAUUUCCGGAAGGGAUUAAAGCAAUGUACGAAGCGGUGCAGCUGAUUGCGACGAGCGAACACCCACCCAGAGUGGUCCAACCGGAAAAAGGCGCCUCUUACGAACCAAUUGUCAAGAAACAAGACUGUGAAGUGAAUUUUGACAAGACGGCCUGGGAAAUCCACAAUCUUAUCCGCGGUACCGAUAAAGUUCCGGGAGCAUGGACGAAGAUCGAUGGCAAAGUUAUUACGCUAUAUGGAUCCGAAAUGUGGCGCCGAGACGUACCCAAAGGCAAAGAAGUCGGGAUGGACGGGAUAAAAAAAGGCGCUAUUGUGCACGAUGGCGGGCUGCUUUUGUUUGGUUCAGACGGGAAAGCGAUUAAUGUUAAACAACUUGUAUUGGAAGAUGGACGAAUGAUUUCGGCAUCCAAGUACGGCGCAGCAGAUACAUCGAUUUCUUUGACGGAAUUAUCGCCUCAGGAGUUGAACCUCAAACGCAUCAUUUCGGAAAUCUGGGAAUCUAUAUUAAGCCAAAAAAUAACACAGGAUACAAACUUCUUUAAAGCAGGAGGAGGCUCAAUGGAUGUGGUUCGCCUUGUUGAAGAACUUAAGCACACCACGGAUGUAGCGUUGCAAAAUGAUGAUGUUUAUAUGAACCCCACAUUCGACAGUUUUGUCUCGUGUGCGGUACUGAAAUCGCGCGACUCUGGAUCGUCUACUUUCGAAUUCAACCAUGUUAAAAUUCAAGCCAACAAGAUGGAGCUCAUCAUCCCUCACGAGUUGUUCAUAAACAAUCAGUUUGUUCCCUCCGUAUCGGGAAAAACUGACCCGGUUAUUUGUCCAGCGGAUGAAACUACUCUUUGCACAAUCUCAUUUGCAAACAAGGAAGACGUGGAUAUUGCGGUGGGUGCGGCCAAGGAAGCUUUCGAGCAUGGAGAAUGGAGUCGAAUGAACGCCCGGGAUCGCGGUGCACUUAUGUACAGAUUGGCGGAUCUGAUGGAGAAGCACAAGGAUGAACUAGCCACAAUUGAAUCUCUGGAUUCCGGCGCGGUGUAUACGUUAGCACUGAAAACCCACAUUGGCAUGUCGAUAGACACUUUCCGAUAUUUUGCCGGCUGGACCGAUAAGAUUCAGGGAGAUACCAUCCCGCUAAACCAAGCAAGGCCGAACAGGAAUUUAUCCAUCACAAAAAAGGAGCCCAUUGGGGUUUGUGGCAUUAUCACACCAUGGAAUUAUCCUUUAAUGAUGAUUAGCUGGAAGAUGGCUGCCUGUCUUGCUGCUGGAAAUACGGUGGUAUUGAAACCAGCACAGGUUUCUUCACUCACGGCCUUGAAAUUAGCUGAGCUUACUGUACGGGCAGGAUUUCCUCCAGGUGUUAUCAACAUUUUGCCGGGAGAUGGCCGCGUCUGCGGACAAGCCAUUAUUGAUCAUCCUGACAUUCGGAAGAUCGGCUUUACUGGCUCUACCCCGAUUGGCCAACACAUAAUGAAGAGCUGCGCAGAACCUCACUUGAAAAAAGUCUCACUGGAACUCGGUGGAAAGUCUCCAUUAAUUAUCUUCUCGGAUUGCGACUUGGACAAGGCUGUUCGCAAUGGCCUUCAAAGCGUUUUCUUCAAUAAAGGCGAAAACUGUAUUGCUGCGGGACGGCUAUUUAUCGAAGAGGAUAUUUAUGACGAAUUUCUGAAACGUAUUGUGGAUGAAGUAAAAAAGAUAAAGAUUGGGGAUCCAUUGGAUCGAUCUGUGUCGCACGGACCGCAAAACCACAAAGCUCACUUGGAAAAAUUGCUCAGCUACUGCGACCAAGGUGUCAAAGAAGGUGCACGGCUUCUAUAUGGCGGUAAACGAGUAGACAGGAAAGGCUACUUCAUGGAGCCGACAGUUUUUGCCGACGUGGAGGACCACAUGUACAUUGCUCAGGAAGAAUCUUUUGGCCCGGUCAUGGUCGUGUCCAAAUUUAUGAACGGCGAUGUGGAUGGUGUGACCAAACGUGCUAAUGCUACACGGUAUGGUUUGGCUGGAGGUGUAUUCACAAGAGAUGUGAGCAAGGCCUUGCGCAUGGCGGACAAUCUUCACGCUGGAACAGUUUUUGUCAACACUUACAACAAGACAGAUGUAGCCGUGCCGUUUGGAGGAUUCAAAAUGUCCGGAUUCGGAAAGGAUUUAGGUCGCGAAGCCAUUAAUGAAUAUCUGCAGACGAAAGCGAUUACCAUAGAAUACUGAAAAUGGAUUCGGUGGAAAGAUUUUACAGUGUAGAAUUGUGGUGUAUUCCGUUUUUCUGAUUUGUGGACCUUGGUUGUGCUUACCCGGUGCAGAGUUGGAUAGCAGAACGAAGAAUGAUAUGGCACUUUUGCCGGCUUAGAAUUACAGAUUUUUGAAUUAGUUUUCAUUCAGUCUUUUGGCGACACCGGUUUUUAAAAGUGGUGUAAUAUCAGUUUCGUCAGUCUAAUGUUGUUUGGUAGUUUUUAGAUUAGUGAAAUUCUCGGACAUGCAGGGAUUGUUGCAUGUUAUUAAUUUUACGUUUUGUGCGAGAACAGACAUGAACUGGAUUAUUCGUAAAGGUACUCGGUAGUCUG